UUUGAAAUUCAACUAUCCGGGAAACGCUUAUCUAAUGUAGCGGCCGUGAUGGCUGCGUGUAGCAGCUGAAGUUAAUCAGUCACCCAAACAUGUACUGACUUCAUAUCGCAAGGUCCCAUGAAUCGAUAGGAAGUGGGUUGGACAGACUGUGAAGAUGUCAGAAUGUUUUUUAAUGGAGGCGUGUGUGGACUCCGUGGAGUCCGCUGUCAACGCUGAACGUGGAGGUGCAGGUCGACUUGAACUGUGUUCCAGUCUUCUGGAGGGAGGACUCACUCCCAGUCAAGGUCUGCUGCAGGUAGUGAAGCAGUAUGUCAAAAUCCCAGUCUACGUGAUGAUACGUCCUCGUGGGGGGGACUUCCUGUACUCAGACCACGAGGUGGAGGUGAUGAGGAAGGACAUAGAGAUGAUGAAGAGCCAGGCCGAUGGACUGGUGCUGGGAGCCCUGACAGAGGAUGGACGGGUGGAUGCGACGCUCUGUAUGGAGUUGCUAGCUGCUGCUCGACCUUUGCCCGUCACCUUCCACCGAGCGUUUGACAUGGUUCAUGACCCAGCGGUUGCUCUGGAGACUCUGGUAUCAUUAGGGUUCCAGCGUCUGUUGACAAGUGGCUGUGACAACUCUGCUUUGGAAGGACUCCCUCUCAUCAAACGGCUCAUUGAUCAAGCUAAAGGGAGAAUUUCCAUCAUGCCAGGAGGGGGUAUCACUGAGAGGAACCUGCAGAGAAUUUUAGAGGGGUCGGGGGCUCAAGAGUUUCACUGCUCAGCUCGCUCCAGUAGGGAUUCUGCCAUGACGUUCAGGAACACCUGUGUGACGAUGGGAGCAGCUUUCUCAGCACCUGAAUACGGCCUGAAGGUGACGGACGUGAACAAGGUCCACACUCUAAAUGCAAUAGCCAAAAAUACCAUGUGAUUGGGUAUUCAAAAGUCAUGACCGACAACAAAACAGAUGCCUCUAAAGCAAUCAUGAGAAAUGAUACUGUUAUGUCAACAAGUAUUUUUACCACUGAUCAAACAGUCCUUGCUAAGUUAGAGCUCAGGGAAAGCCCUGCGACCUUCUGGGACAUGCAGUCAAAGUAUCUCACUGUGGAGAAUGAUGAAUCAUUUACAUUUGGUAUUGUACACCUGUAUGUGGCCUCAGAAAUAGAUUUCUAAAUUUAAAAUGGUUGUGUUUUUAAAACUAAGGGAAUCAUUGAUCCGUGCUGCAUCAUUUCCUGUUGACCUAUAUUUGUUUACAGCAAUCAAUAUUUACAGUGGAAGAUAAUGCUGAAUUGUGAACUCUUGUAUUUCAUAUUUUUUACAAGGACAGAAACGUUGUGACUUGAUUCAGUUUGCUCAAAAUGCAAUUAAAGUCCAAACAAAUUGAA